CUGUCAUUAUCCCGUAUGUUCAGUAGGUUGACUGCCAUUGCUGCACCUACAUUGCUGGUCUACAAAAGAAACCGUUGGAGAGCAUUUUUCUUGGUUAUUUUACCAUCUAGACUUCACAAAAUGGCAGAGGCCAGUCGCAAAAGCCCAGAAUUUCGUCUCUAUCUCAAACUGAAACCGGAGCAGUGGCCAAUUGUCUACCAUCCGACCUACAAUAUCGGUUUUCUCGGGCUUGAGAAGCUGCAUCCGUUCGAUAGCAAAAAGUGGGGAAAUGUAUUUCGCCACCUGCAAGCGAGUGAGAUGCUCAAAUCAGAUAGCGACACCAUCGAGCCUUUAGAGGCGAGCGACGAAGAACUGCUGUCUGUACACACAGAGAGAUACUUGGGCAGUCUCAGGUGGAGUAUCAAUGUGGCCAAAGUGACUGAGGUCCCUCUGGUUGCGCUGAUACCCAACUUUCUAGUACAACGCCGGGUACUGAAACCGCUCCGGUUGCAGACUGGAGGGACAAUCCUUGCUGCCAAGCUGGCACUGGAACGAGGCUGGGCGAUUAAUAUCGGUGGUGGAUUCCAUCACUGUCACAGUGACCAGGGUGGUGGCUUCUGCGCAUACGCAGACAUUACAUUGGCCAUCAAGUUUGCGUUUAACAAAUGUGAUGGCGUGGAGAGAGCUAUGAUCAUCGAUUUGGAUGCACAUCAGGGAAACGGGCACGAGCGGGAUUUCAUGGGUAACAGCAACGUGUACAUCCUGGAUGUUUAUAAUUCUGGGAUCUAUCCAAUGGAUAUACACGCAAAAAAGGCGAUCACACGAAAAGUGGAGCUGAGACAUGGCACAAAAGAUGACGAGUACUUACAAAAGGUUGAACAUCAUGUCGAAGAAGCAUUGAAUGAGUUUAAUCCACAUUUUAUUGUAUUCAAUGCCGGCACGGACAUACUGGAAGGCGACCCAUUAGGAAAUCUGAGUAUCACUGCUUCGGGUAUCAUAAAACGUGAUGAGAUUGUCUUCCAAGCUGCUUGUGACCAUAACAUUCCAAUAAUCAUGGUAACAUCCGGUGGAUACCAGCAAUGCACAGCUCAAGUAAUCGCAAACUCCAUUUUGAAUCUCAACAAAAAGGGUCUCAUCCCACGAUCACAGCCAGGAAUAACAGAAGUACGAUUACCUAUUGUCACAUCUGACAAAUAAUUUAUCAUGUUAUGGUGCUUUGUAUGCAUCGCUUAAUACUGAAAGAUGUGUAGCUAAUUUGUUCACAAGGGAUGCAGUCAAUGUGUUCCUAUAUGGCAUCGCAGCUGUGUAAUUGAAAUUGAGAGACUGGAUGGCUCCCUUGCAGUGCUAACAGAAAGUUCAUGUAAAUUUGUAUGUCCUCUUGUAGAAAUUGCACUUUCUGCAUUGCAUCGAUAAUAGGGAUAACGA